ACUUCAGCCAGCUUCGACUCAAAACUUUUUGAAACUCAGUAACAUCUGAAAUUUGAUAUUAUAAGGAUGAGCCAAUCCCACAUAACUUUCGACCAUGAGGACAGCGCUUCGACAUCGUCGAAACAUUCCUCCUCUAGAAGACAGGCCCGCCGCCGGCGGUCCUCUAGAGUGUACCAAUGCCUAGUAGAGGGUUGUAGCAAGGUUUACUCUCGAGCAGAGCAUCUAAGCCGUCAUCAAUUAAAUCACGACCCAAAGGAGAUUUUCAGAUGCCAUGUUCCAAAUUGCUGCCGCAGUUUUGUUCGAGAGGACUUGCACAGUCGGCACGAGACUCGUCACAUGAGUGAGUUUUUGCAGCAACACAGCGGCAGUUCGAAGACGCCAUGUACCAACCACAGUGGCUCGACACGAUCCCCGGAGUUGAUGGACUAUACCUCCGAUGUUACUUUAGAUCCAGAUUGUCCAGUCCAGAUACGACCGCAAUAUCCUCCAAACGGGGCGCAGACAGGCUGUCACUAUGUUAAAUCAACAGCAAUGCAGCAACCUGGACCCCAAGACACAUCCGCUUUCAUCGUUCAUGAGGUACCUAAUCCACUGCCAAUAAAUUCCAACCAAUUAAACCAAAAUAUCACCCUAUUCCAGCAAGAACAGCUUCCAGAUAUUGGAAUCUGGAGAACCGGAUUGCCAGCCCCAACAGCGAUACCUCAGUUUAGUGGUGACAGAUACUCUCGUUCGGUAUUUACGAUGCCUGAUGAUUUUAUACAGUUUCUUUUCGACGGAAACCAACCAAACAACUCAAGGAAUGGUGAUAAUUUAAGUACGGGGAGUUUUCCAAGCUGCAUAAAUACACAAAGCCAAUUUUCCGAAAGCCCUAAUCCUGAUAUUUUUAGCGAGAGCUAUCUUCCUCAGUUUCCUUUAACUAUAGGAACGGCAUCCUAUGAGACCAACCUCCCUUCAGCGGCCCUAUCAAAUGAGAAGAGCAAAGAAAUUUUCAAUCUGAUACGAGAUAGGCUUACUGGCAAUAAGCAUACUCCUGAGUUAAAUUUCCAGAACAGCACCCUCCACAGAGAUCCCUCCCAGGAUUUGAAUAUUAUGAGUCAAAACAUGAUGCAAGAAUAUAUCAAUAGUUAUUGGAUGAACUUCCACUCUCAGUUGCCAAUCUUGCACCGACCAACGUUCUCUCCAGACAAAACCCCUAAUCUUCUCUUGGUUGCUAUCAUGAUUAUCGGCGCGUCUUGCUCCAUGAAAUCGGAGGAUCAUGCUCUGGCCAGGUCGGCAACUGAAUUCUCGACAAUUCUAGCGUGGUAUUUGAGAUGGGAGGUCUUCAGCAGCAUGCAUAUACAGACAAACAAUCUCUGGGUAUUCCAAACACUGCUGCUCCUCGAGACAUAUGAGAAAACAUGCUCUUCGAGGGCUCUCCAUGAACGAGCACACAUCCAUCACGCCACGGCUAUAACGUUAAUGCGUCGAGGAAGCUUCCUAGUCGGAAGUUCUCCAUUGGACACACCUCCAAACCAAGAAGAAAAUGAUCCCGAAAACCAGACGUCGAGGUCAUCUUCAGAUUUGUGGUGGGAGAAGUGGAUAGAGAGGGAAGCUACCCGACGUGUUGCUUUCGCAGCUUUCAUGAUUGACUCUACUCAUGCAGCAAUGUUCGGGCAUUCAAUGAUUAUGGUUACGCAUGAGAUGCGCCUAGUAUUGCCUUGUGAUGACGCCUUAUGGUCGGCAACGAGCGUUGACGAAGUACGUAAGGUUGAGACCAUGCUUCGUUUAAAUGGCGUUAAACCUCUGCCUUUCGUCGAGGGUCUACAAAGAACUUUAAAUGACCAAGAGAUCCAUACCAAUGCCUUUGGAAGAUCAAUUUUGCUAUGUGGGUUGCUCAGUGUAAGCUGGCACAUGAAUCAACGGGAGAUGCAGAUUAGCUCUCUUGACGUGAAGUCGAACGGAGCAGACAGAGGUACCAAGUGGCGGAGAUCCAUCACAAGAGCGUUUGAUCUGUGGAGAGGAACGUACGAACACACAACACAAUCUAUCUCAAACGAUAUGUCCAAAUGGACCCAAGAUGCCGACGCCCUCCUUGGGUCCAGGUCUGCUCUCUUCCAUUUAGCUCAGUUAAGCGUUCAUGCAAACAUUCUGGAAUGCCAGAUAACCGCUGGAGCAAACCGGGUGCUAGGUCGAAUUAUGCGGAAGCAAGAAGUUGAGACUGCACGACGGCGAAUCCAGAAUGAGUGGGCGCCGACUAUGGAAGCUCGUAAAGCCACGUUUUACGCCAUUCGAUUUUUAUGCUCGGUUUUUUGCAAGUCGACAGAAAGCAAUCAAGUCUGUGAUCACAAUUUCAUUACUAACUAUGCAACGAGUAAUACCACACUGCCUAUUCAUCGAUGGGUGCUUUAUUAUGCUGCUUUGGUAGUGUGGUGUUACAGUUACGUCGCUGAUGGGCCUGCACAUGUGCCAGCAUCGCUGGGAUCUACCAUCGACGAUCACAUCCAAGAUAUGCAGCACUUUUUGAGAUCGACUGAGAGGAUCAAAUCCCCAGAGGAUGUAGCCUUCCACCGUCUUAAUGGCUGCACAGGAAUGCUAAAGGUGUUGUGCUAUAUCUUCCGCAUGGGUACAUGGGAGUUGCUACACGAGGGGGCGGAUUUGUUAACUAAUUGCAUAAAGUUGAUAAACAGCACGGAGUAAAAGGAUUUAUACUUGAUAGAUUACAUAUGAUAUCUGCUUGAUAACAAAUCCACACUACUUUUAUUAGAAUGAGAGCUAUGCUAUACUAUUACAGGGCUCUAGAGGGGUACCCUUAGGCAGAGAACAG